CGGAUGCUGUGAUCAUAAUUUGUUGAUAAGAACAAAAGAAUUGACUACGUACUAGCACUUGUCAACAAUUGUGUUUCGAURCUGAAUUCUUAUCCACAUUCUUUUUCAACAUUCGCUACUGUGCCAUACUUCGACACGAACAMGAAACAACAAAUGCAAGAUCAUACCGCUAGGAUAACGACACUGACGGCGCUUUGCGCGUUCUGGGCAGCCCUUUUCGCACCGUCUCRUGUGACCUCGCUGCAGUUUGGGCAKAACAGAAUACGAUCAGAUUUUYAUGGCAWGGAUUCCUCCGCAACACAGAGCGCUGCAAUACCGAAAUCCGAGUGCGCUAUCAGCAGUCGGAGAAACAUUCUGACCACGGCAGCUUCUGGGCUAGCAUGGAUGGCAUGUGUCGGGGGGGCAUUGCCAGCUAAAGCAGCAACGGCAACGGCAACGGAAACAACGUCCAUUGAGACGAACGAAAUCACGGCAACGAAAAAGAGCAAUUUCAACUACGAUCUCGGGAGCAGCGAUUGCRAAACAUCGUGUGUUCUCAACUGCGAAUUGCAAAAGAACGGCAAGAAUGGCGGUAAGAGCAGCGAAGGCUGCUURGAUUCUUGUGUGCGGAGUGGCCAGCGCUAUUGCCACCAAGUGGCCUCCACAUCGGAUUCCCCUUCGGCCUCGGAGGCUCCGACUAGUCGCUAUAUAACAACUACCAAGGAACCGAGGAUUCAAUCGRCCAAGCCCAUUCCCGGCCUGAAAUACAAUAGCAACCGGGGUGGUGCCUGGAGGGAUUGAACGCAUUGUUCUAGCGGCGCAAGGGUUGCUUGCGAUUGCGUGCUACCUUGUGUUUUAGUUUCAAUAAGACAGAAAAUGACAAUCAAAUCGGAACACAACUGGUGUUYUAGGUGUCAUGUUGAAUACUACAUGCAGUUCGUUUGUUCGGCGCCAAACGAAUAUCUCAGAUUCAAAUCUUUCACGUCAAAAUUUGUGUUGCACCGCAUCACUAUAAAUCAMUAAAAUUCCU